UGUUUAGUUUUGUCAUUUUGAAUGAAACGCUUGUCACCGGUCGGCUCGGUGUGCUUGGCUUACUGGUUCUGUCUCUUGCAGUUGGACCAGCUGGUGGUGGAUGCUGCCAAAGAGAAGAGGGACAUGGAGCAGAAGCACUCCACCAUCCAACAAAAGGAUUUCUCGAAUGACGACACAAAGCUGGAGUACAAUGUGGAUACAGACAACGGCAUCGCCAUGGAGGGUUAUCUGUUUAAGAGGGCCAGCAAUGCCUUCAAGACAUGGAAUAGGUAUAAUGUAUAGAGUUUAUUUUGAAGUGGUUCCUUUGGACUUUGAUAUCCUAGGAAAAGCUUCAAGUGCAUUUUAA